AAAUGUAAUCCCGGCAUUUUGCGCGCAGAGCGAGGCAGCCUGGGGCCGCUUUUGUCCGAGAGGGCGAUAAAGAGUCGUGCUUGUUCGUAAUUUGUAUUUUUAUUAGAACUUAGAUUUCUCGGGUUGCGACGACGCAGUCGUUUUUCUCGUCUUUGACGCUAUCGGCUGGUGUUUUUUUCUGAAUUUAAUAAGGCUCGGCAGUAUUUUUAAUUUAUUUGUGAAGGCUCCUCGUUCGCCGUCGCGCGCGGUUAUAUUAUUUAUAUUCGGCUACGUUAGCGCCGCUGCGAGAGCGACAUGGCGGACAGCGACAAGCUGGCUGAGAACCACCGCAUCAAGAGCUUUAAAAACAAAGGUCGCGAUGCCGAGACGAUGCGGAGGCAGAGAAACGAGGUCACCAUCGAGCUGCGAAAGAACAAACGGGACGAGCACCUCCUGAAGAGAAGAAACGUCCCGCACGAGGAGAUCCUUGAUGAGCUCGACUUUGAUGGCGACUUCCGGCUGCAAAAUGCAUCGUUGGAAGCCAUCGUGCAGAAUGCAGCCAGCGACAACCCAAAUGUGCAGCUCAGCGCUGUUCAGGCUGCACGGAAGCUGCUCUCCAGCGAUCGGAACCCCCCUAUUGACGACCUCAUCAAUUCUGGGAUCCUUCCCAUUCUCGUGCAGUGUCUUGAGCGAGAGGAUAAGUUUGACUGUAGUCCGUCACUGCAGUUCGAGGCGGCCUGGGCGUUGACCAACAUCGCGUCAGGAACGUCGGCGCAAACGCAAGCCGUUGUCAAGUCCAAUGCUGUUCCCCUCUUCCUGAAGCUGCUGCAUUCGCCCCAUCAGAACGUUUGCGAGCAGGCAGUGUGGGCCCUCGGAAACAUCAUCGGAGACGGGCCGCAGUGCAGGGACUAUGUAAUAAGUCUGGGCGUGGUGAAGCCGCUUCUGGCCUUCAUCAACCCUGCCAUCCCCAUCACCUUCCUGCGCAAUGUCACCUGGGUCAUCGUCAAUCUCUGCCGCAACAAGGACCCGCCCCCACCAAUGGAAACCAUUCAGGAGAUUCUUCCAGCGCUCUGCGUUCUUAUCCAUCACACAGACAUUAACAUCCUGGUGGACACUGUGUGGGCCCUUUCCUACUUAACGGACGGCGGUAAUGAGCAGAUUCAGAUGGUCAUCGAUUCCGGGGUCGUUCCUUACCUGGUGCCGCUGCUCAGCCACCAGGAGGUCAAAGUUCAGACCGCGGCCCUGCGUGCCGUGGGCAACAUCGUGACGGGCACGGACGAGCAGACGCAGGUGGUGCUCAACUGCGACGCUCUCUCCCACUUCCCCGCGCUGCUCACGCACGCCAAGGAGAAGAUCAACAAGGAGGCCGUGUGGUUCCUGUCAAACAUCACGGCUGGGAACCAGCAGCAGGUGCAGGCUGUGAUCGAUGCCGGCCUCAUUCCCAUGAUCAUCCACCACCUGGCCAAGGGAGAUUUUGGCACGCAGAAAGAGGCAGCGUGGGCCAUCAGCAACCUGACCAUCAGUGGCAGAAAGGACCAGCAGGUGGAGUACCUGGUGCGGGAGAACGUGAUCCCGCCGUUCUGCGCACUGCUCGCCGUCAAGGACCCGCAGGUGGUGCAGGUGGUGCUCGAUGGCCUCAACAACAUCCUGAAGAUGGCGGGCGAGGAGGUGGAGACGAUUGCCAGCGUGAUCGAGGAGUGCGGAGGCCUGGAGAAGAUUGAAGCUCUUCAGCAGCACGAGAAUGAGGACAUCUACAAGCUGGCCUACGAGAUCAUCGACCAAUACUUUUCAGCUGAUGACAUUGACGAGGAGCCAGGCCUCCUGCCGGAGACCAACCAAGCUGGAACCUUCUCCUUCGACCCCUCUUCCAACAUCCCCACCGAGGGGUUCAAGUUUUAAGCUGCCGUUUCACGGGGCUGCGCGUGGCGGCCGUUGCGGUGUUGUCGGGGGGCGGGGCGCUGUGGGUUGAUGGUUUGGCCAAGGGGGUCACACCGUGGUGUCCUGCAGGGGCGGCUUCUUAGUUUUAUUCUUUUAUUUUUCUUCUCCCUGCCCACGCCUCCUUUCACGCUCCUUUAUUCCGCCACGCCCACUCUGUCCGCCGCCGUUCCCCAACUAGCCCCAGCUGCGCGUACCACCCACCCGGCGGCUCGGUCCGCCCCACGCCGCCGUCGGGUUUGAAGGCGACGCGAAACGAUGAUGGCCGUAAAAGAGACAAAAUACCGUAACACAAACAAAACUGUUCAGUCAAUUUUUAGGGUGGUGGAUUUACUAAUGAAAAAGCAAAAAAACAACUCUACGCAUUUGUGAAUUUGUUUGGAAACUUAUGAAACAACAGCAGCAACAAUGAUAUUUACAGAUCAGUGCUGUGGAGGGGCGUCAAAACAAGUUGGGGUUAAAUUCCGUAGCGAUGGGGUUGCUAGCGUGCGCUUCAUUCAGCAUUUGCCGUGCCGGUGUCAUUGGUAAACGCGCGUGGGUGAGCAUUUAGAUGUCGUAGCAGUCGCCGCAGCCCUCUGAGCCACAUUGUAAAAAGGUUUCACUUUGCCCACCACCUUGGGGUGGAUUUUGCUUCGUAAGGAUAAGGGUGGGCUCGAAAGUGAAUAAAAUUAGAGCGUUAAAUUAUACACUUGUUUUUUUAAUGAACUUUCAUUUUGCAAAUAGGUAAUUGCUGUACUUAGGGCAUAAACUGUGUGAUAGGGGGGAGAAAGAUGGGCUGUUACUUUUUUCUAAAUUAAAGCUACCCUACGAUUCUUUGGGAGAACAGUCUAUUGAAUGACGUUAGCAAAACCCCCUUGUUGAGCAGAGCUGAUAUCGUUUUAACAUUGCUUUGCAAAUUUUGUUUCACGGAUGUUAUUGUAGUAUAUAUUAAAUAAACAGACACGAAAACCUACAAAAUUAUAUAAAAUCGCAUCCUUUUCUUGAUUUGCUCUCCAUUUCUAAAUUUUGCUACAACCAUCGGUCACUGUUUGACGUUAAUAUUUUCAAUGUCAUCUUUCUCUGCGGGUUCUUGUGCAAAAUUGUAAUCAGUUGGGGUUUUUUUUACGCAUCCGUUUAAUCACUGCUCGGCACUUAAGUCAGACGCGUGGUAUUUGCUUCAUAAUUGCCAACUUGUAAUUUGUAACCAGGGAUAUGGGCAUUGCUGUUCUGGCAUCACCAUGUUACACAUUUGUGUUAUGGAGUAAUUGUAGGCUUUAAAUUCUGCUUACAAUUUUUUUGUUAAAAAUUUAAACUGCAACAAACCUAGCAUUUACAUUUCUGCAGCAGUUCUAAUUUGUUUCCGCUUAAUUGUUUUUACGGAGAGGGGGGGGGAUGGGUUUGUUAAAGGCUGACUGCUGUUCCAUUGCACGUUCUCUUUGGGCUCUGCCCUGGGAUUCCUCUCCAGUGUAAAUGAACAUUGUGCUCACAAAGGAACAUUGGCAAAUGCCGCAUUUGUACAAAACGUAAAAUAUUAAAAAAAGAACGAAAGUAAAUAAGACUUGCUGUCGUUUCGGUUGUAAAUUGACUAAAUUAAUUUAAAAUUCUUUAUUUUUGUUUUCCAGUCUUAUCAGGCUGUCGUGUUGAUGUAGAACCGGGCAGAUGAAAUGGCGGCAUGCCCAAACAUUUAUAGGAACGCGAAAAAUAUAUAUAUUACAGUGUGCAAACAUUUCUUCUUGCUUGUUUGUUUUCGUUGAUGCAUUUAAAUUUUUUACAGAUUUACUUGGGUUGUAGACUGACCUCCCUCAUGCGCAUGGGCGCGUGCAGCAGUUUUUGCCCAACAAGUAAACAUUUUCACUUACGAAAAAUAGUUUUCUGCUUGUGUGUAUCAUGGUGCACGGACAAUAAAAAACACGUACAUCUGAACAUCAACAUGCACAUUUUGACGAAUAUUUUAAAAUGAAAUUAUCAAAGAAACCAAUAACGUGUGAUCAUGAUUACAAUUGAAGUUAGAACCAACCGUUACUAUGCAGUUUUGGAAGCAAAGAGGACUUGGCAUUGGUUGUUUAGCUUAGAAUCGUGAACAUGUUUUCUCUACUUUUGUCUAUCGAGAAAUUUAAAAAACGGAAAAAAGAACAGUAAUUUUUGUCGAUUGGAGCAUUUUGGGGUUUUUGUUUAGCGCAUCGGAAUUUUAGGUGGGGUUACCUCUCAGCACCUCGUGAGCGCUGCGGGUCACGGGGCAAGUUUGUCUUCGCGCUUUCUUUCGCUGCUGUGAAUGGCCGUCGUCGGUGACUUAGGCAUCACGCAACACGCCGGCUGCCGCACCCUCGCUGACGAUCCCACACCAGAGGGCAAGCUUUCGCUCUUGAACGAGCUGAUAACACGUUUAUAUAAAAAACAAAACGACAACUUAACACGUUUUAUGUCAACAUCUUUCAGUUUUGUUGUAUUUCUGUUUCCUCCCCGCAAACCCGCCCUUCUUUGAGCCACUUUAAGGGACUUCUCGUCCUUGUAUCGCUCGCGAUACAAGAUUUUUUAAAAACUUUGCAAGAUUUUACUUGCGCCGAAUUAUGCGAAUUUACACUUUAUUGUUAUUAUUUAACAGGAAAUUUUUAAAGUGGACAUUUUGGCUAAGCGUAUGGUGGAGUAGUUAAUGGUAUAAUGCCCUUAAGGUGGCUCAUGUGUUAGUAUUGGAGCAGGCAAUUUGAUUUAUUUUGUGCCUUUUUGACCGUAAUGAGUUUAUUUUUUUGUUUUUAAUAUGGCCGAUUAUAGAGCAGAAUAUACUGUUACAUUGCUUUGAAAAAUCAACCAUGAUAAUAUUUUGGAAGGAAUGUGUAGCUUUUUUUUUGUUAAUGUUCAUGUAACAUACAGUAAUUGUCUGUUAAUAAAAACAGCCAUAAGUAA